AUGCGGGAGAGAAUCUUUCUCGCGCGCGCGGGCGUGAACGCCGCGGUCGACGCCGUUGCGUCGACGGUGCGGAAUCGUCCAGAGCUCGUGGUGUGCGCGGUGUGCGUGUGCGUCGCGUCCGUACUGAACCCGACGAGCGAGAGCUUUCACCGGUACUGCGUCGCGAACGCGCGAGACGUCGUCGCGAACGCGCGCGCGAGCGUGACGUCCUCUUGGGCGUGCUCGAACGGAGGGGCGUUACGCGCGACGGGGCUUCGAGCCAAAGCGUACGAGACGAGUGAUUUAUUUGCCUUCUCCGUGGUGCGCGCCAAUUCGGGGAAACAUUUCAUCGGCAUUCUAGGGACGUGGAUUCGAGUUCCUGAGAUUCUCAAUCUGCUUCCAGCGAUCGUCGUGCACGUUUACCGCGUGCACGUCACCGCGCUCUCCGUGGUGACUUUGGGCGCGCUCGCGAUGGUCGCGCUGAAGCUGUUCAAAAUGAUGAAGACGUUGGUCAUCGCCGUCUGCGCCGGGGCGUUUGGACUAUACAUCGCACCGAGGGUGUUCGGUGCGCCUCUCUGGUCGAUCGCUCUCUGCGCGGUGGCCUGGGGAUGGCUAUUCAAGACGGGUAGACUCAACUCGAUGAUAAAGUUGCUCACGUUUUUAGCGCCGCCCCGAAGACAUCGUCCAAAUGGCCGUGGAACAGCUCGUGAUCCCACAUCGUGA